ACCUUUUAAUGUGUAAUCCUUAGGUGUUGAUCACCCUUCAAGAGGUGUUCCAAGCUGUGCAGUCUGCAGAGAUGGCCACCAAACUGCGUCCCCUGUGGUGGGAGGCGUGGCAAACUCUGGGCCGUGCCCAAAUAAGUCUUGGCGAAGUGGAGCUAGCUGUACGGUCCUUCCAAGUGGCAUUGCACCUGCAUCCGUCUGAGCGCCUCCUCUGGGAGGAAGACCUAGCCUGGGCCUUACAGCUCCGGGAGAAGCAACAAGCUCUCCGUGAAAAGGCGACACAGGAAGAAGAAGCCCGAAGGCUCCUUGUGGAAGCUCCAGAGCUAAAGAGCGAUUAUGAUUUUGAAAGCAAUGAAGUGAUUGAGGCUUGCACAGCCAUGGCUGAUAGACUUAAAAAAUAUGAGGACUUAAAGAAAACGGCAGUUGUUGUGAACACAUGUGGGGUGACCAAAGAGGUGGUUGUCGAGGAUGACAACAAACCCACUUCAUCCUCACAAAGUGAUUUAGUCAAGGCACGAGGACUCUGAGGGAAACGGAGGCUGCUUUUGUGUCUCCUCAUCUGUGUAUUUUGUUUAGAUUAUGUUUGUACUGUUGAUUUGAUAAUCCAGGGUUCUGGUUGGCUUCCUCAUAGUGUUCAGCACAGUUGUUCAGUGAACUUGUAAAGUGAGCGCAAGAUUUCCAGAAGAAUCUGAAAUGCUUCUGGAUAAUUUUCUCUCAAAAAAAGAGCAUAAAUUUCCUUCCUUUUACUGAA